UGCAUUUUUUUGUUGUGGGAAUGGAGAUCAAUGCCUGAGCACGUCGCCAUAUUACACGAUUUUUUUUUCGGCGUCAUAAGUUGGGCCAUGGAAGUCAAUAGAUGAAUAAUGUGAUGCGUGUACUUGUGGACUCAUUGAUUAUCCAUACGGAACAUACAAUAUGAUGUGAAAUUUUGUGAAGAGCCAGGAAAUAUGUUGGUCAAUUCGGAAAAUAAUGGGUGUAACCCGAAUGCACAGAUCGCUUGAUUGUUCACGAACGUGGAACCUGGGGUCACGUGGUGCUGAUUCUCAUUACCGUCCAUGUUAUGAUUCCUUGCGAAACGUUCGGUUCGUACAUUCGUCAGUGCAACGUUAUUUUAAAGUGAAUAUCAUCUUUUGACUACUGAAUGACUAUCAACAUAAGAUCCAUUUUAAGAUGAGAGACCUUCACAGUUAAAAACUGAUGGUCAUUGAGUUGAGCUUUUCAAUGUGUGUAGCGCGGGAAAUAUCAGCAUGUUGGUCCUGUGUCACGUGUGGUAAAUCGCUCGGGAUGCGAUGAAAAGUGUUAUUGUUUCCAUUAUUACGGUGGACGCAUCUCCGCUUAGCUUGCUUGGACCGAUGUUUACGAGUGCGGGCUAAGUUGACUACUCACCCUCAUAAUUCUCUUUGCUGUUGACUAUUUUUACACUCAUACUGUGAAUAAACUUAUAUUCGUGUGAUAUUUUAAGGAAAUACAAUUUAUUAUUGAGUUUGACCGAUACAUUUUUGAAGCUAUUCAGCCAUGUCCUCUGAUCAAUGGCGAGGGUAACGCUGUACAGUGGUGCCGUUCCCACGGUGCCCUGUCCGCGUAGCGCUUCGCUUCCCCUCGCAUGUGGUCACAGUUCCCUCUGAGGCUAUGUAUGGCUGCAAUGGCUCCGGCACUGACUGAUGCCGCGGCUCAUACAGGCUCCUUCAAGUUGCCAGCUUCGCCUGCCAACCCAGGUAGCAGUGGUGGCCUGCACUCAAAUCCAAAUCAGCCAACAAGCCCAGACUUACCCUCACUAGCAAAUGGUCAUUCUCCAGCAGUUCCUGGCAUUAUUGGUAAGCAUUACUCGCCUAGCCCCACGACUACGCGAUUGAGAAAUCACGAGGAAACUCCUUCACCAACUUGCUUCACCAUUCGCACCCACUUUCUGGAGAAUAAUAAUCACACGGAAGGAGAGACUGUGACAAGGAUUUCGGAGGAAAAAACUUAUCGGGAACUGCUUUCGUCAAACCAUUGUAAAGCCAAAGGCCCUAUCAAAAAUAAGUUGAAUUCAUUAAUUUCCACCAUUGGCUCAGGCAUAGAUCUGGACCUACUAGUUACGAAUGGUGAGAGACAUUCAACAAAGCAAAGCAUACAGAAAACAAUGAAUGACUCUGCCGCACCCUUGGCACAGAAAGAGGUUUUGAAUGAUAAUCACCCUUGUACUUCAUCAGCAUCCAAAAUGCCACCUUUAACAAUAUCUGCUACUGGAAGUCCCAGUCCAACGGGCGCAAAACAUUCUGUUGCUGCUCACAUUGAAAAUAUUAAUAUCCGAGACAAUGGCGAUAUCAGUGAGCAUGGUGAGCUUGAUACCAGUGAUACAUCGAGCAGCUCUUUAUCAAAUGACAUGGAUAGCUCAUUAAGUUUAUCACUGUCUAAUGCACUAACAACAGAUACAAGCCUCGAACAAGUUGUCGAUGACCCUCUCGAUGCCAAAUCAGAUGAUGAAAGCGAUUCAGACGACAGUAGUGUUGAUCUCCCGGCAAUCAUUCCUGCAGAAAAAAAAAGUGAAACAUGUCACAGGGUUGAAGAAAAAGAGAAAGGAGAAUUAGACCCUGGUGUCGAUAAGCAAGAAGAUGAAAGAAAAUGUAGUAAAUCUAAACAGGCACGAAUAAAGGAGGUAGGAAAAUCAGUAUUCAAGGUUGUGAUUGAUAAUGGACAGACUACUGAUGAAGAAAAGAAAGAAGUCACCAAUUUGGGUCAUAAACAGUCAAAACAAGAACAUCGAGCCAAGUAUUUGAUGGAGAAGUUGCGAAGAUUAGAGACUUGUCAUGUUGGAUCACGCAUAUAUCAACAAAUUGGGUCCUUUGUAGAGUCGAAACAAUCCAGUAAAGAAGCGGCUAAUUCUGCUGCAAGUAGUACUGUUACUUGUGAAGAAUGCCGGAGGAAUCGUCUCCAGACGGGUAGCAGACCUGGUGUACUCCCUAGAAGUAGUUCAAGCCAUAGCCACACUUGUCCUUUACAUACAAAUUCUUCUUCAGACCGGCAGAGACAUUCUGUGAGACCAUCAUGGUUACCAGCAGGAAAAAGGACUAAGACCAGUACACAUAUUUCCCAGCAUUUACGGGAAGGAAAGCAGGCAUAUCGAGAAGUCAAAUCCGUCACUGGAAGACUUCGAGCAGGCCUUGGUCAUGUUGAAAGUACCAUAGAUUCAGAUGUCACUGAUAGCAGCUCAGGUGGGGAGAGUUGUGAUGAAGGGGAUGACAGCUUACCGCAGACCCAAGCCUCUCGUUCAUUCCACAAGAUGCCUCUUCACAGACGAGCAUCAUGGAAAUGGGCAAUGGAUCGGUCAGCCAUUGCAGCCAGAUGGACUUGGCUUCAAGCUCAGGUUUCAGACUUGGAGUAUCGCAUCAGGCAACAAAGUGACAUUUUUCGUCAGAUUCGGGCUACAAAGGGAGCUGUGUCAUUGGGAGAACCUCCAUCACCAGAGGAGUAUCUCAGAGCCCAGGCUUUGGCUCACAGGACAGGUAGAAAGUUAUCACCUCUUGAAACAAAGAUUGUGUUGUUAGAAGGAUCUCACUCAAUGUCCCCUUCAAAUCUGUCAAGCUUACUCAGCAAUGUUGACAAGCAAAGUGCAAAACUAAAGCAGAGUCUUCAGAACUGUAUUUCACCGACGUCGACAUCAUCAUCAACAUGUUCAGAUAAAACAUCACCAGCCAGACCAAUGAAUGGUCUAACGGACAGCGCAACAACAGUUGCAACACCUUCAUCUCGAUGUGGGAUGAACAGUUCACCCAGCUACUCUGGGGUUGUAGGACUAGACCAAGUUGCAGGCUCUCCAAUACCCGUAGAAGAACAGUACUGUGCAAGAACUAGACCUGUGAGACCAUUCCGGAAACGGAAACUUAUCCGGUCCACUGGUUUAUACCAAGUAUGCAGGAAGGCCCAGAAGCUUUCUACAGUUCAGUGUGGUUGCUUUCCUCCUCAUACCCCUUGUGUCAUGUGUGGAGGACGGUUCAACAAUGUGGAACAGCAUGACGCAGAUCAGAUCCCAUCAGAUGAAAGGGUGGCCAGCCUUGAGUAUGCAUUCCAUUCAGUGUUGUCUUUCCCUGAAGAAAUUCCAUUGACAUUGCACUUUGAGUCUCUCCUGAAAAGUGGAGCCUGGCAAAGGAAACAUUCAGCCAGAUCACAAGGAAAGAAGAAACAUAACCGGCUGCCAAACAGAUCCAAGGUCAAGUUGCAUACCAAAGAUGGCAGACUCAAGAAGUUCCGUAAGAAAGAGAAACACCAGCAGAAGCAGUUGACAGUCAGAUCAGGUGGGGACCCAACAAGAAAACGAGAGCUUGUCACCAAGAAAGAGGCUAGGGACAGAAAUGUGUACCCACAGGAGGAAAGAGUAGAAAAGGAAGAAGGAUCAGCAAAUGAGGAGGAUGAUGAUGCUGCCAAGUCAAGAAAACUCUUGCACAGAUUAGCAAGGCAGAAAUUGAAAGCCCUUCGCCAUGUCAGAAGUGAUAAAUUACUGUCCCGUUCCCGAUCCCAGCCAAGUUCUGUUCCUGGUACUCCCAAGAAUAUGAAAAGCUCAGACUUAAGACAGUGUCGAACUGAAACCAAGAACCGACGCACGUCUGAAUUAGCAAAUGCUGCUUUGGAGAAGAGUAGAGAGAGGAGCAUGUCUCUGCCCAACAUUGAAGUUGGAGACCACAACUCUGCACCAUCUACCCCUGCUUCCAUUGAAGCCAGGUCACCUACACAGCACCUGUCUCACUCACUCCCGUCUGCAUCUCUUCAUGGUAUUCUGCGGAACAAGAAGGGGAUGGUGGAAUCUUACGACAUUGACAACAUCGUGAUCCCUUACUCCAUGCUUGCAUCAACGAGGGUGGUCAAGCUGAACUACAAGGAGAUAGUUACACCAAAGUGGAGAGAGCUAGACAUGGACGAGUUUAUGGCCAACAACCACAAUGAACAUCAGGAGAAAGAAGAAAGUAGAACAGAAGAUGAAGAAAGCAGAAUGGAAGAUGAAGACGAAGAGGAAGAGGAGUACUUUGAGGAAAACCUGUCGGAUGAUGAGUUUCUUGAACGCCACGAUCCGUGCGAAUACUCAGAGAAGAAGAAGUUUAUGGUAGUGAGCCAUGUGGAUCUUGGCAUGCCUGGCCGAAGAUCCAGACGAUCAAGGAACAGUAGCAUUGGCAGUGCCACGGACCCUCUGUCUCCAGAUCUUCAUAUAGACCAGUUGUCAACAGGUAGGCAAUCAUCGACAUCAUCUCCAACACCUAGUCCAUCCCCAAUUACAACUCCUGACCAAUUAUCCAGCAGUACCAGCAGUAAUGUCUUCAACCUUAGUGGAAGUCGGUCGCUGCGUUUCAGUGCCUUAAACCGUCGCAGAUCGUCAAGUAUGAGUGAAGUGCAAACACCAAAUCAAGUCGUCGAAGGCCCUGUCCCUGUGAACGAAUUGACUUGGGUAAAAAGGCAGUUUCCUCUGAACAGCAUAGAGAUUGAAGAGAUAUCCACGUAUCCCUAUCCAGAAUCAGAACCCUCGACACGACCCAGCUCGCGUGCUAGCAAUGCCACACAUUCAGAGAGCGUGAUAUCCAGGACAGAAUCGCAGGAGAUGAAUCUCUACAUGUCGGAUGGAGAGAAUUCAGAAACUGAACCAAUGGAAGUGGAUGAUCCAAAUGAUCCAGAGUGGACAGUUGUGGAAGAUCAGCAUCGACCAAGAAAGCUGGAAGGCUCAACAAUGAGUGAGAGCUUGGUUAUGAAGUUUGCCAAAAGGUGAAAGAAAGUAGCCCAAUCAGAUUUCGAUUUUUCUGGUUAUGGGCUUUGGCGUUCAUGCAGGUGAUGGUUAAAGUAUUUUAUUUUGCACUUGAAGCUAUAUUGUGCACGGUUUAAAAAAAAAAAUUAUUGUGUUUUGCACAUUUUGAGUAGCGUUGGUAUGUGUUAGACCUGACUCUAUUGAAUCAACUACAGUGAAACCUGUAUAUAAAGACUACUCAAGGGAGACCAGAAAAUUGGUCUGUAUUGGUAGGUAGUCUUUAUGUUCAGGUUCCGUUAGUACAUGUCUCAACGAGAAACCGUCUUCAAGGGGGAAAAAAAUAUAGUCUUUAAAGACAGGUGGUCUUUAUAUACAAGUGUUAAUUAAAGCAGGUUUGACUGUAUAUAAUUACACAUUGAACAAAAACCAGGUAGAAUCCAAGUUUGAAAACAUGCAUUAUUAGAUCUGUCCUUAUCUUGCAUUUUGGGGGUGGUUACUUCUAUUGAUCAUUAUUAUCAAAGGUAACAUUUU